GAACUUGACGGGAGACAAAAGUAUCCAUUUGUGAGGCAAGAACAGAGUGUUAAAAGUGCGGCCUGUGCGCUCGUGCGCUCACAUGAGAGCCGUGGAACCGGAGCCGCGCGCGCGUCGCUCCUUCGCACACUGAGAGGACUAAAUUCUCCGGGGCGAUGAGAUGUGAGUGAGCGAUGCCUUGUGGAAAUGGACAGACUCUAUCCAAGCGAAAACAUGGCGUCUGCGUCCCGAGGCUCCGCGUCCUCUCCGGUCUGCUCGCGGCGCUCUGCUGCCUGGAGGCUUGGGGCUCCGGGCCGCCGGGGGACGGCGGCCCCGGCCUGUGCGGCCCCUGUCCCGUUAACUGCAGCUGCGCGCCGGCGGCGGGCCCGCUGCCGUCCUGCGUAGUCAACUGCUCGGGCUCCGGGCUGGAGAGGGCCCCCGCCGCGGCGGACGUCCCGCUGGCCACCAGCGUGCUUGAUCUGUCCAAGAACCACAUCUCCUCCCUCGAAACCAGCUUGCUCGAACGUCUCCCUGGUCUCCAGGAGCUGCAUCUUCAAGGGAACAGGAUUAAUGUUCUCCCAAGAGGAGUCUUCUGCUGGGGGCCGCUGUCAAUCCUUGAUUUAAGCAACAACCUGAUCGCCGCCAUAGACGAGCGGAUAAGUGACAACCUGUGUAAUUUAACUCAAAUCGAUCUGAGCGGAAACCCGUUUAAAUGUGACUGUAAACUGUUUCGACUGGUCAGCCAGCUCCAGAAGAAAGGGGUGAGAGUUCGGCGCCCACACGCCAUGCUCUGCAGCCAGCCCCCGAAGCUCCGCCAAGAGCCCCUGCUCAAUACCAGCCUCCGCACCUGUGGUCCGACCUACGCCGGCUGUCUGAGGGACAGCAGCAGCGGAGGAGGAGGACAGAUCGAGCUCGUCAUCUUCUCUUCUUCCACUCCUGGAAACUUCACCCGCGAGCAGUGUAACAGCGUGUGCUUCGGCGUUGCGUCACACCUCUACGGCGGUCUGGGGGAGCGACACGAGUGUCUCUGCAGCACCAACUCCCAACCGAACCUGAUCAGCAAAGCUCAGUGCUCCAACGCCUGCACCGACCCAGAAGUCAUGGCGCAAUGUGAGUGGACUGAGGUGCAUGACGUGUUUGUGGUGAAGUUCUCCGUCACGCUGAAGCCGCCCCCGCCGCAAAACGUCCACGACCUCGCCGCCUUCUCCGCCGCCUCGUCCGUCACCCCCGUGACGCUGUCCUGGGACUUUGGUGACGCUUCCUCGCGGUUCAACACCACGGGAGCGGAAAUCACCGCCGCGUCUCACAAAUACGGACUUCCGGGACGUUACGCGGUGACGGUGACCGCCUGGGCCGAACACAAGGAGGUUGUUAAGGUCUCCACACGAGGGGAAGUGAUCGUGACUCUCCCCCCCAAACUGGAGCUGCACUGUCCGACGCUUGCUGUGGCGAAUAAGAGUCUGGAGGUCAGACUGGUCAGCUGGGGUGCUCUGGGCUUGGACGUGGACUGGAAGAUUACAAAGGACGGCGUCCAGGUUGCCAAAGCGUCUCCUCUUUGUCCGCGGGACAGCGUGUUCCUCGCCGAGUCCUCGAGUUGCUUCCACAUCCUUCCCGGCGAGCUGAGCUGGACCGACGCUCGACGGCAGUGUUUGGAUCGCAGCGGCGAGCUGGCCAUCGUCAGGAGUGACGCCCUGCGUGGCCUGCUGGCACCCAAAGUCACACAGGAACGAGGCGUGUGGCUGGGAUUGAGCGACGUCGAGACUCCGGGCAAAUUACGCUGGGUGAACGGAUCGGAGGCUCAGGACGGGGAGGCGGGCCUGCCGCCGCACUCGCCAAUCUCCCACGGCAACCUGUGCGUUUCCCUCGACCAGAAUGGCCAGACCAGUUCACACCUGUGCGACUCCAAACGAGCCUACAUGUGCCAGUACACGCCUCAAGUACACGUUCCAGAUGCUGGGGUCUUCGCAGUGGGAAUGGCUGUGUUUCCCUCCCAUAAUCCUUUGCACCAUGCUCCGUCGGCCCCCUUAUCUGCACCGCGGCCUCCCAGCGGUGCCAUCGAGACGCUGUUGUUCCCUGCACUGAGCUUUGUCCAGGACGGCCGUCUGUCCUCGCUGGAGUUUAUUGCUCAGGAGCUCAGGGCUCAGGUCCACAUUCGCUUCCAGAUAUACCGACCGCGCUGUCCUCAGCCCAACAUGCAUCUGCUGCUGCCAGGUUGUGGAGGCCCGGCGUGUUCUCCGCUCGCCACCUGCGUCCCCAACGUCACCCGGAGCGGCGAUCCCCCCUCCUGCCCGCCGCUGCAGCAGUGGUGCCCCUUCCAGCGCCGCUGCCUGCCCCUCUCCAGCCCGUGCCAGCCCUCUUCCUGCCCCAACUGUACCCAGGGUCACCACCCUCCACCUGGGACGGAGAGGCCUCGGUAUUCCCUCCGGAGUGAGGUGGUCUUCUCUCUUCCAGCCGGGCCAGCCACUCACAUGCAGAUACAAGACCAGCUGGAGGACAUCCUUGUGUCUCGCGGUGACGUAAUCGCCCUGCAGCACGACGGUGGUCCGUCCUCUCUCCUCCGCUGCCAGUCCUCUCCACAAUCCCAGGGCCAGCAGCCUGUUUUAGCCCUCAACCAGUCCGAGUGGUUCUGGCUCAACAACACCAGGCGGUUCCCAGGCACUUCAGCUGACCCCCACGUUGACCCUCUGCGUGACCCUGAGCUGGACGUGGAGGCGCUGGUGCUGGACGGCGAGGGAGGCUGGCUGGACGAGGCGGUCUGUCCCAUCAGAGUGCUCUAUGUAGGACAGAGUGAGACCCUGCUGCAGGGAGCCCAGCUGUCCACUGGUCUGCCGCAGCCUGGCGUCUACAGCCUGCUGGUUACUUCUGCUGAUCCGUCGUACCCAGCCUCAGCAUCCUGCCCGUUGCGGGUUGUGCCGCCUCUGGGCUUGACUGUUCUCCACCCUGCUCCACGGAACGGCAGCAUCUACCUCCAACCCAACGACACUCGGCUCCUCCUGCGCGUGCAGUCUUCCUACGUUACGACGCUGUCUCGCCGCGGCACUAAUCUCACCGUGACUUUCCAGCCCGAAUGUCCUCAGGAGUUUUUGUCCAGCCCGGCUCUAUGCCAGCCUGGGCCCGGUUCGGGGUCGUGGGUCGAGGCCGCAGAGCCCAGCUUGUAUGCGGUGCUGGAUCUGAAGCUGGGAGAAGAGGAGCAGAAGAGUCCGGUGCAGGUGGAGCUGGAUGCUCACAAUAACGUGACGGAGGCCAGCCUGGUCAUGGUCGCCCAUGUCGAGGAGCCGCUCAGGGUUCUGGUGGUGCAGCCGGACCCGGCACACAGAGUACUGAUGGAGUCCGUGGUGAGCUACACAGCCUCAGUGAUUGAAGGGUCUAAUCCAACAUUUAAAUGGACGGUGGAUGACAAGCCCUAUUUCACCUAUUACAACACCGUCCUCAAUGUCAUUUACCAGCAUGCUGCCAUCUACAAGCUCACAGUGACGGCCAUGAACCAUGUCAGCACGCUCACAGAGCAUUUCAACGUCACCGUGGACCGCCUGCAGCACAUGGCCAACCUCACGGUCAAAGGCGUGCCGGAUGUGGUCCCUCAGGGCUCCACUCAGACUCUCACCACCUCCGUCCUGGUAGACAUGGCCGUGGCCGCCACAUUCAGAUGGCAUUUUGGUGAUGGUGGAUAUAAGGAGUUUGAAUACAAGCCUCCCUACCCGUCUUCCAUCCUCUGCCCAGACUCCCCAAAUCAAGUUCUCCUGAGCAAGAACAUCACCUACAUUUACUCACAGCCAGGUAUAUACACAGCCGUUGUGUCGGUGUCCAAUCGAUACGAGAACAUCAGUCAGAGUAUCAACAUGAGUGUCUACAGCAUCCUCACCCGUGUGGAUAUACAAACAGAGCCUCGACUCCUCCUUGUUGGCAAAUCCGUUGAUUUUGAAGCCCAUCCUCUCCCCUCACCCUACGGCAUUCACUAUGACUGGCACUUUGGAGAUGGUUCUGCCCAGCAGCAGGGACGCCGAGUGGCACACACCUUUGCACAGAGUGGAAACUUCACCGUCUGUGUUUCAGUGAAUAACACCAUAAGCGCCAAGGAGGCAUGUGCUGAGAUGUUUGUGUAUGAGGAGAUUGAGAAUCUCACAGCUCAGAGCUCCUCUCCCACAGAGCUGCACAGUCCCACCAAGGUGUGGGCGCAUUUCUCUUCGGGUAACAACAUCACGUGGACCUUCUCAAUGGGGGAUGGGAGCAUCUAUAAUACAUCUGAAUCUAAUGUGUCUCACAGCUACGACAAAGAAGGCAAUUACACAGUAAAUGUGACUGCAGUGAAUGCUGUGAGCUCCGCCUCCAUAAGUCUCCCAAUUCAGGUGUUUGUCUUCCAAGUUAUACGAAUGGAGCCGUCAGGAUGCGUCCAGGAGCGGACCACCGUCCACUUUCAGGCCUGGGUCUCUGGUAACACAUCACUCCACCUUUAUGAAUGGAGCUUUGGGGAUGGAAGCCCCAAUGAGACUCACCAGGGAAACCCCAGGGUUUCACACACGUACUGGACGAGUGGAAACUACCACCUCUCUCUGGUUGUUUCCAGUGGCGUCAACAAGGCACUCAAGCCUAACUUCUUCAGCUGGGUGUGUGUUCAGCCUGCCUUGACCAACGUCAGCCUCUCUCAUGAGAAAUCCCACUAUGCCACGGGAGAGGAAAUACACUUCCAGAUUAGAGCCGAGCCCCAUUUUAACUACACCUAUAAGUGGGACUUUUCUAGAGAGGAAGACCCUCGGCUGGUUUACGGCUCUGGGGACACUGUCACAGCGUACGAAACUCCAGGUUCAUACAUCGUGACAGUCAGUGUUUCCAACAACAUUUCUUCCAGUAACGCAAGCACCGUCAUCGAGGUUCUGAGGCCCAUUGGACCAGUUCUUAUUCAGCACAAUGGGACAAAGUUCAACAAUCUGACAGUUGGAGCUCCUUAUGCUUUCAUGACCUCUUCCUUGGCCGACAGUGUUACUUACACCUGGGACUUUGGAAAUGGAAAAGUGCUGACUGGCCAGAAUACUCUCCAUACCUACAACGUUUCCGGGAGGUACAACAUAACACUGAGAGCCGUCAACUCCGUCAGCCAGAAUGAAACUGUGCUGCCUGUUACUGUGCUGGCACCGAUUCGUGGGUUGACGGUGAACGCCAGCUUGAUAAAUGUCCCUCUUAAUGCCUCGGUGGACUUUGAGGCUCAUAUGGACAAGGGAGACAAUGUCCGGUUCUCCUGGAUUCUGUGUGACCGCUGCACCUCCAUCCCAGGGAUCAUCACGAUGUUCUACACCUUCCGAUCUGUUGGCACGUUCAACAUCAUCGUGACAGCAGAAAAUGACGUAGGAACCGCUCAAGCCAGCAUUUUCCUGUUUGUCCAGCGUGAACUGGAGGACUUGCAGAUUUUAGCAGAGAAGGUGGAAGGAGCUGGAUUCACAGCAUUGGAGGCUUGUUGCUUCCCUACAAACCGCGUUCUCCACCUGCAAGCGGGAUUAAAAGAAGGCACCAACAUGACGUUCACCUGGAACUUGAUCAGACAGCUGGAGCCUGCCAGCUCAGUAAACAAAACGGGAAAGGCUGUGGAGCUGAUUUUUUCCAAGCCGGGUCCAUGUGAUAUCUUUCUCCGGGCAGUCAACCUCCUCGGCCAGCUGGUCGUCAACAAAACAAUCUACUUUUUUGAACCAGCCGGCGGAGUGUCCCUGCAGAUUACAAACAACCCGGUUGCAGUCGGUGCUCCGACAAACCUGACAGUGGAGACAGCUGAAGGCUCCGACCUGCAGUACCGCUGGUCUGUGGAUGGGAAGAGUCUGCAGUGGAACAAACCCUGGAGGACGCACACCUUCAGCAGUCACGGGGACAAAACCGUUUCUGUGGGUUUUAACGAAGUCAGUUCAGAGUUUGCGUCGGGAAUCGUCAGUGUUCAGGAAGUCAUUUCAGGGCUGACGUUCUCAGCUACGAACAUGACCGAGCAGAGUUUUGUCGCCACAGGCGACAAUGUAACGCUCGAGGGGGAUGCAGCGACAGGGACAAAUGUAACCUGGACGUGGCUGCUAGACGGAAGAACAAAAACAGGAAAGAGAACGUCCGUCAUCUUCCAUGAACCAAAGACGGCCAAUAUCACUUUGAAUGCCACUAACGACGUCAGCAGUCGAGUGUUCUCCAAGGAGGUCUUUGUACAGGACAAAAUUCAGGGAUUAGAGCUGAAAGCAAGUACCAAACUUGUCGCAGUAAACGAGAGGGUGGACUUCACCAUUUCCAUGACGGCGGGUUCAGACGUACAUCUCAUCCUCAGCAUGACCGGCGACGCCACGGUUUAUCCUCAGCCCAACCAAACCUUCAGCCACGUAUUCACCCGAGUGGACACUUACAUGGUGAAUCUCACCGCCUACAACAAGGUGAGUUCCAUGAGGUGGAACCACCAGGUGGAAGUGAUGGAGCCGGUGCGCAGACUGACUAUAAAGGGAUGCUGCGCAGCCAUCCCCGUGGGUGUGAAGAAGGUCUUUGAGGCCAGCGUUGACAAAGGCAAACCAGUUAGUUUCCUGUGGGCUUUCGAUUUGCAGCAUCUCAAAGCAUCACAGUUGGGAAAAGAGGUGAGCUACACCCCGGAAGUAGCAGGAUUACUGACCAUCUACCUGAAUGCCUUGAACAGUCUGCAUGGUCAGAACAUUACAAGGUACGUCCAGGUCCAGCACCUGCUGAGGACCGCCAGCCUGUCUGCAACGCCACGAGACACCUUCGUCAAUAAGACAGUGACCCUGGUGGCUUCGGUCACACCCAGAUCUAACUCUGUUCACUGCCUGUGGGAUCUGGGUGAUGGUUCUACUCCAGUCCACACCGACACCCCGACUGUGGGCUAUGAGUACAAAUACCCAGGACACUACCUGGUCCAGGCGAACUGCAGCAACCUGGUGAGCUGGGUGUGGGCCCAGGUGGAGGUGAGCAUCAGCGUUUUGGAGUGUGAAGAACCCGAAGUGCAGGUCGCGCCGCGUCUGGCCAUCUGGCGUUCCCAGCCCACUCUGGUGGAGGCCACCGUGGACCUGAAGGGCUGCAUACGCUACGGAGCGCAGUACCUGUGGGAGAUCGUCCCAGCAUCCUCCUGUGAUGAUGAAGUGCGGAAAGACCACCCUGCGGCCCCUGGAGCCGGGACUCGGUCUCCUCAGUUAAUCCGCCUCCCGAUGGAUGUGGAUGUGCGUCGGCUGCAGCUUUCUUUGCCAAAGAGGGCUUUAGCAGCAGGGAACUACACCCUGGUGUUCUCUCUGUCGUACGAAGGCGUGCCGCUGAGGAAGGCCGCCUGUCUGCAGCUCAGUGUCAUGGCUGCCAGGCUGGUGCCCAUCAUUGAAGGGGGGACGUACCGGGUGUGGUCCAGCACCCAGGACCUUCAGCUCAGUGCAGAGCAGUCCUACGACCCCAACAUGGAUCCAGACAGCCAGUCGCUGCUCAAUUACUACUGGGACUGUAUAAGUACCUCCAAGGGCCCAGAGCACUGCUCCACUCUGAACUUCGGUCUGGGACGCAACGACCCCGUUCUGGGAAUCUCCGGCUCCGAGCUGGAGGUAGGCGUGGAAUACACCUUCGAAUUGAAAAUCAGCAAAGACGGCAUGGCCCCAGAAUCCGUCACGCAGACCGUGCUCGUCCAGAGCGGACGCAUCCCCAUGGUGUACCUGGAGUGUGUGUCCUGUAAGGCUCAGUCCAUUUUCGAGGUCAGCCUGAACUCGUACGUCUACCUCAAAGGAACCUGCACCAACUGCCAGGGCUUCCACCGCGGGCGCUGGAGUGCCGUGACGCUGCAGAACGAGACCCUGGUCCUGGACCUGUCCUCCACCACCACGGGCAGCGGCGGAAUGCAUCUGGUGCUGCGGCAGGGCGUCCUGCGCCACAACGACCCCUACAUCUUCACCCUGCACGUGACCGACAGCAGCCUGGACGGCGAAGGCGCCGCCUCCAUCACGCUGCACCACAACAUGCCGCCGGCGGGUGGGAAGUGCCACCUGAGAGGUGGAGGCGAGGCCGGGGUGGAGUACGGGGACGGAGAGGAGGAUGGCUGGAGGAUCCGGACGCUGCUGGACCGGGUCUACUUCAACUGCUCAGGUUACCGUGACCGUGGGAUCUCGGAGACGCCGUUGCUUUACAGCCUGCUGGUGACACGCUGCAGAGAUGACUACUGCGAGGACUUCUGCGUGUACAAGGGCAGCAGUCCGGAGCACGCGGCCUUCCUGCCGCCGGGAUUCGCCGUCGCACAGAACCGCGUGGUUGUUGUGAUCACAGUGGAAGACCACCAGGGGGCAGCCAUCAUCGCACAAAACAAGACCAUCGAGGUCGGGCUGCCAGAUCCUCCCCCAGAGUUCAGCAGUCUUCCCCACUGGCUGUCUGAGCUGACAGACAGCAAGCUGAAAAAGCUGCUGGAGCAGGGAGACUCCCAGAGGGUCCGAGAAGUAUCGCUGGCUCUCAUCACAGUGCUGAACGAGUAUGAGCAGAUCAGGGAGUUAUCAAAAGUGUCUCCGAAGGAGAUCAACUACCGAGUCCGGGUCCGCAGCAACAUCACCAGAGCUCUGACCGCACUGGACCUGACCACCGUCAGUGACAUCCAGCAGACCUCCGCCGCUCUGGCCCAGUGCACGGCGGUGAGUCGAGAGUUUAUCUGUGAAGAGUGUCAAAACAGCACUUUGAACAAGCUGGAGUCCAUGCUGGAGAUCCUGCAGACGGACACCAAGCAGGGCACCGUCACCCCGACAGAGAUCGCCGACAACAUCCUCAACAUCAUGGGUGAUCUCAUCCAUCAGGUCAGCCAGUCGGCCUCCUACUCCUCCCUGCUCCACCCGGCCUAUGUGGACCCCCCUCUGACCCCGUCCGCCUCCUCGUCCUCUCCUUCCCCGGGUGAGGAGCACGGGAACGCCCUGUUGGAAGCGGCACCGUCGCCCCUGGAGCCGCACCCCCUGCAUGUGGCCGCCAAGGCUUACAGCCUGUCCUCGGUGCUCAUGCUGAUCCUCAUGCACGCCCGCGUGCUCAACGAGGAGCCGCUGGUCCUCAGAGGGGCCGAGAUCGCCGCCACCGGAAAGCUGGCGGACCCGCAGAGUCUGCUCUGCUACCAUGGAAACAACAGCCCAGAGUGCGAGCGGUUCUCCAUCCCUCGGGCUUUCAACACAAGUCUGGGAAGAGCUGCAGCAGGAAACAGCAUCAUGCAGCUUCUUUUUCAGGUGGAGUCCAACCCUUUCCCCUUCAACUAUGUCGCCAACUACACCGUGUCCACCGAGGUGGCUUCCAUGGAGUUUCGCACUGAAAACGGCACCCAGAUCCCAAUUUCAGGGCUGGAUGACAGCCAGGCCAUCACUGUCGCCGUAAACAAUGGCACCGGUGGAGAAGUGGGCGCCGUGGGCUCCGGCGGCGGCGGCGGCGGAGGCGUCCCCACGGCCGGACCGGUGAACAUCAGCCACUGUGACUCCGUCACCGUCAGCGUCAGGACGGGAAACAGCAACAGGCGGGCCGGGCUUUUUGUGCAGCUCAAUUUCACCUCUAUGGAAGAUGCAAAUGCGAAGGAUAAAACCGAAGAGGAAGGAGAGGAGCCGUACAUCACCGCCUACCUCCACUCCCAUGAGCGGCCCAAUGAGUUUAACUGCACUGAGCGAAAGCGAAUCACACUCAGUAUGACCAGAGGGCAAAACCCGGAUCACAGGAAAUACACCUUCUUCCUGUCGCCAGAGUUCUACGACACGACUCUGGACUACUACAUCAACGUGAGCGCGCCCUGCCGGCCCAGCGCUCCCCCCGUGGGGGUUCGCCUGGAGGUCGGGGUGUUUGCGUCUCUUUGCCAGUACUUCAGUGAGACUGAGAAGCAGUGGCGGACAGACGGCAUGGUGCCGCUGGCAGAGACCAACUCCAGCAGGGCGGUCUGCCGCACCAGGCACCUCACAGCCUUCGCCGCCGGACUCUUUGUGCCGACUAACGCCAUCAGCUUCAAAGUGCCCGAGCGUUCUGGCACUCCCAGCCUGGUCGUGCUGCUGGUGUGUGUGCUGGGCCUGCUAAGUUAUGUGGUGGCUGCUGCCAUUCUGCACAAGUUGGACCAGCUGGACCUGCGGCGGGCCGGUGUGGUUCCUCUCUGCGGCUGCGAUGGACUUUUUAAGUACGAGGUGCAAGUCAAAACCGGCUGGAGUCGUGGGGCAGGCACCACGGCUCAUGUCGGGAUCAGCCUGUACGGACGGGAGAGCCGCAGCGGACACCGCCACCUCGACAGCAGAGGGGCUUUCACACGCAAUGCGCUCGACAUCUUCCACAUCGCCACCGAUACCAGCCUGGGUAGCAUCUGGAAAAUACGAGUCUGGCACGACAACAAGGGUCUGUCUCCAGCGUGGCUGCUGCAGUACGUCCUGGUCAAAGACCUGCAGACUGGGAGCAGCUACUACUUCCUGGCUGAGGAGUGGCUGUCGGUGGACAACGAGAGAACUGACGGGCGAGUGGAGAUGGAGGUGGAGGCCUCGGAGGAGGCGGUCCUGCUGCAGAGGCCCCGCCUCCUGCGCUGCGAGCUGCAGAGGGCGCUGUGCGAGAGCCACCUGUGGCUGUCGCUGUGGGAGAGGCCGGCCCGCAGCCCCUUCACCCGCCUGCAGCGAGCCACCUGCUGCGCCGUGCUGCUGCAGCUCUUCCUGCUGGCCAACACGCUGUGGCACAGCGUCGUGGUGGACAGGAGAUACAGCCCCCGAGCCGUGUCCAGGUUUCUGUCGCUGAACGGAGAGACGGUGGCGGCGGGCGUGGUGAGCUGUCUGGUCGUCUACCCUCUCUACCUGCUCGUCUUCACCGUCUUCAGAAUGAGCCGCAGCAAGUGUGUGACGGUGGAGCAGGUGCCGCCACAGAGCGACCAGGAGUCGGUGGAGAUCGAUGACUUCCUGGACAACUCCAUGGCAGGAAGCUCCUUCCUCUUUUAUAACGGCGAGACCAACUCAGAGGAGACCAACGUGGAUUUGCCCACUCCAUCCACCAAAAGCGAGGAGAGCUGGGGCAUGGCGGAGGAGGAGGUGGAGGACCGGGAUUGGCCGGAGCUGUUGAGCGACGCGUCGGUGGUGGGGGGGGCGGGACACGGGGCCGGGAUGCCCCGGCUGAAGAGGGGCCAGGGCAGCAGGCACCUGGGCGUGGACAUGACCUUCAACCCCGACGACGAGGAGGGCGCAGACCAGCGCAACAAAUACUUCACCUCAUCGGACGAAGAUCUCAUCAAGCACAUCCUGACUGAUGGACAGAACUUCUUUCCUCAAGCAGAUGAAAGCGAGAUGGCCGACCUGUCGAGUAUUUUCGGAGACAAGACUGAAGUGAUUCUCCUCCAGAAGCUGAAUGAGCCGCUUCCUCUUGAAUCCGUGAGAAGAGAUCCUCCAAAAACUGCUUUCACCUCCAACACAGUCGUGACCGACGUGUGCCGUCCCAGACGGUUCCCUCCCUGGUGUGGACGCGCCGCCCUGUGGGGCAGCUGGGCCGGGAUCGCCGUGGCCAGCGCCGUCUCCAUCUGGGCCGGCCAUAGCUUCAGCCAGAGCGUGGCCAUGAUGUGGUUGAUCUCCUGCUUUGCCAGUUUCCUGUGCUCCUGCCUGGUCAUGGAGCCUUUGAAGGUGUUGUGUGAAGGAGUCUACUACGCGCUGUGCGUGCGCCGGCUGCGUCCGGAGGACCAGGACGUGCUGGUGGAGUUCCCGCGGGUGGAGAGGGUGGUCCAGCGAGUCCACAGAGUGAGACCGCCGCAGGGCUUCGCUCUGUCUCAGGCCCGGCAUCAGGCCCGCAAAGUCCACAUGCUGCACACCAUGCUGAAGAAUUUCCUGGUUUACAUGUUUUUCCUGUUGAUCGUUUUGCUCCUAAACUACUCCGACUCGGCCAAAGACACGCACAGCCUGAGACUACGCACACAGCUGCAGCGAGCCCUGCACACACCCGAGUACCACAACAUCACCAGCCGUGGAGAUGUCCUGACGUGGCUGAAUGGGUCGCUGUUGCCACGGCUACUGGAUGAGUCUGUCCUCCUGAGAGACACGGGAAGCGUGUUGCUGGGCACGCUGCGGCUCCGACAGAUCCGAGACAAACACGGUGUUGCGAGGGUGGAAAAGGGAUCAGUUGUGUGGGAAACUGACUUUUCUUCGUCUUCGGCUAACACCAUGGACAAUAUGACAGAUGUUGGUUCAAACAGUGCAGAUUGGGUUUGGCGUUUGGGUCACAUCGGGGCGUAUAACAACAGAGAAGUGCUUCACGAGCUGAACAGGAGUCUGGAGGAGGCCUGCUGGUCCGUCCGGCGGCUGCAGCAGCUCCACUGGCUGGACCACAGGACUCGCGCUGUGUUUGUCGAGUUCUCGCUCUACAACGUCAACACGGACCUCCUGGCCGUCUUCUCCUUCGUGUUCGACUUCCCGGUUUCUGAGCGUGCUCAGUCCAGCCUCGACCUCAUUGUCAUCACUUUGUGGCCCAUCACAGGCCCGGACCUGCAGCUGCUUCUGAUGAUCGUCCUCCUCGGCCUGGUGUUGUAUUUUCUGGUUCGAGGGAUCCUGGGCUUCCUCAGAGAAGGCUCCAGGUACCUGCUGUCGGCCUGGAGGCUGCUGGGGAUUUGCAAACUGUCUCUGGCCGCCUCUGUGUGCGGCUUGCACCUGAGCCACUACGUCAUGGCCAGGCAGAGGUGGGCGUCGUACCUGAGUCACCCGCAGGACGCCUUCACAGACUUCUACCCGCUGGCCCGGCAGAGUCAGAUCUACACCGUCAUGUCGGCCAUGUUGCUGUUCGUGCUCGUGCUCAAGGCGUCCCACCAGCUGCGCUUCCUGCGGGAGUGGGCCGUGUUUGGCAGGGCCCUGCGGCGGUCCGUCUGGGAGCUGCUGGGGGUGGCCCUGGCGUUGCUGGUGUUGGUGCUGGCCUACUCACACACAGGACACCUGCUCUUCCACGCCGCUCUGGACGGCUACGGCACCGUCGCCUCCACCUGCCUGUCUCUGCUGGGGGCCGGUGGGCGUGGCCUGUUGUCGUGGCGCCCUGCCUGGACGUUCACCGGUCCGUCCAGCACCGUCUCCUCGCUGGCGUUCCACGUGAGCUUCGCCGUCCUGCGGCUGGCGCUGCUGUGGGCGGUGACGGCCGUGCUGCUGAGGAACUACCGGCGCGCCCGCGCCGAGCUGUACCGGCCGGCGGUGGACCUGCAGGACUACGAGAUGGUGGAGCUGUUCCUCCGGCGGCUCAAGAUGUGGAUGGGACUGAGCAGGGCCAAGGAGUUUCGGCACAAGGUGCGAUUUGAAGGCAUGGAGCUGCCGCCGUCCCGCUCCUCCUCCACCAGCGACUGUAAGUCCCUCUGCCUGCCGCCGCUGGACAGCCCCGACUCCCCGCCCACCCCGGACAGCGUCGACGCCGGCUCCGAGGCCUCGUGGCGGCCCGCCUCCUCCAGCCCCUGCAGCCUGACGGAGGCCCCCGGGAUCGGCCUGGGCCUGGGGCUGGGGCUGGGCCUGGGCCUGGGCCCCGGCGUGGUGGUGGGGGGCAGCAGCUGGAGGGAGAGGGCGGAGACCGAAGCCUCUCUGAGGAGGCUCCUCCCCACGCUGGACGCCCUGCUGCAGCAGCUGGACCGCGUCACGGUGGCCACGGAGGACGUCUACCACGUGGAGUGCAGGCUGGAGCGAGCCCAGAGGAAGAGGAGGCGGCGAGCGAGAGAGAGGGGAGACGACGCUCCGGCGGGCCAAAGCGAGGGACGACACCGCAGGAAGAGCGAGAGCAAAGACUCCAAGGAUCGGAAAGGGAGCAAAGAGAAGCCUAAAGGAGGCAGGAAGAGUAAGAAGACUGAAAGAGGGGAACUUCCUAAAGACAGUGGGAGCACCUCCACCAACCCCAAAAAGACCCCCGUGGCUACACCCGUGCCUUUUUUAAAGCCCCGCCCUGCUUCUGCCUCCAUCCAGUCAUCAUCCAAACCAGUCGGUGCACCUCCGCCCACAGCGGCGGCCGACCCUUCCUCUGCUCCAUCAGCAAACAGCCUCUCUCCUCACACCCUGCCGCCAAAAAACAAUACCCGCGCCCCCACCCCGUCCCUCCCCGGCUCCACGCCCGCCGCCCGGGACUGGGAUCCUCCCACGGAGCGGGAGAGCCUGUCCGCCUCCAGCCUGUUCAACCACCCCGCCCACACGACCACCAUCCCCACACACAAGAGGAAACGCAAACCGCCGCCACUCAAGAACAAGGUACACCCCACCUAAAGAGAGACGACAGAGGAGAGGAGGACGGUGGGAACAUGGAGCUGGGUUCCGGAGGAGAGGAGGUGGAGGACGGGGGCAGCUGGUUUUGUCCCCAGAUCCUCCUCUCUGAACAGGACUGAGGCAAGUACAAGAUGGAAGGAGAAGCAUCAGAGUCUUGGGGGGGAAAAGAGAAAAGACUCAGAGACUCAGCAGGUUUAUAAGUUGUCAACCGUCUGAAUACCAACUCAGUUUUCACUGAAACGAGGUGCUGGUCGCCGCAGAGUAACUGAGCUGGUUGGGGGGGGGGGGGGGGGGGGGGGGGGGGGAGUCAAAUCAAGAAACGGUCUUUUAAUCCCCAACCCUGAACCCGAACUCGCCGGUCUGUGACCCUGGAGGUCACACUGGGUUUUUGACAGGAGCGCAGACGCGUGCUCACCAGAGGACUCGAGGAAAUGCAAGCAGACUAUGCAGUUGGUCUUUCAGUGUACGUCAGAAGAAAAAAAAAAACAACUGUUGAUUUCUCAGUGACGUUGUCUGUUUAUGUGUUGUUUUAUUUUAUAUUGUAGUCAGCGUGGCUACUUGCGGCCUGUCUUAAGUCGUGUUUUAUGAACCUAAAUUCGCAUGUAGGUGCUCACAGAUUAUACGCACAUGCCGGGACACACACACACACACACACACACACACACACACACACACACACACACACACACACACACACACACGGAUAGUCACAUAGUACACUGUAAAUCACAUGUCAACAAAUUAUAAUGUGUUGUAAAUGCACCCAUACCUACCUAUACAGUACUGUGCAGAAAGUUUCAGGCAGUUGUGAUGAAAUGCUGCAAAAGCAGAAAAAUGUUUCUCAGUCAGUUAAAAAAAAAAAGCGAGAUGAGUAAUUAUGGAUCUUCUGAGAUCUUUGAUGUCUUCCACGGGUUUUCAGAGGAG